AUGUCUCCGGUCCCAACUCUAGUCAAAUCGAAUCGAGGUCGGGACAAAUUGUGUCAUGAUGGUUUCAUGUACGUGUUCGACCGAUCCAGUUCAGAUCUUACGAUGGAAUUCUGGAGGUGUCAGUUUAAGAAAUCGUGUAAGGUCCGUCUGCACAGGCUCAUCGCAAAUGGUGAAGUCGUUAAGGUCAUCAACAGCGUUCAAAGUGGAGCGCCUCUGGCUGUUCAGAUGGAGUUCCCUUCGAAUCGCGUUUUAGCUAAAGUAGUCAAUCGUGUUCGCAAGGCCUGUGCGAGCGCCCCCGCGCUGCCCACCCAUCGAAGUCUCAUAAUCAUUCCAGAGGAUUAUGCAGUCUACGAGCCCACACCAGGAACGUCAGAGCGUUUCCUGAUCGGGGAUUCGGGUCUCGGAGACGACGAAAGAAUCCUGAUAUUCGGCCGCGAGUCGGUUGCUAGCUGGAUCGGACUGGUCGACAAAAUCUACGUCGACGGUACAUUCAGUCUGGCUCCCAAGCUCUUCCAGCAGGUGUUCGCAGUCCUGGCAGAGCGCUCGGGAUUCGUCGUUCCUGUGUGCUACGCUCUCCUUCCAAACAAGAGCCAGGCUACGUACACCAGAAUGGUCGAACUCCUGCAUCAAGAGUGGCCUCAGUUUAAUCCGAUGCAAAUCUCGGUCGAUUUCGAACUGGCUCUCGUCAACGGGUUCCGGAGUGUCUUCCCGAAUGCUGAAAUCAACGGGUGCCUCUUUCAUCUAGUCAAAAACAUGAAAGCGAAGCUCGGAGAUAUUGGUCUCAUUCAACGGUACAACCGAGAUCCGGAUUUCUCGUUGUCGGCUCGGAUGAUCCCAGCUCUCGCUUUUGUUCCGCCGGCACACAUCAAUACCGCGAUGAGCGAACUAGCGCCAGAAUUGCCAGAAGAACUGAUGCCCGUGUUGAACUAUUUCGAAGAUAACUACAUCGGCCGUUUGAGAUUAGCUCCCGGCGCAGAAAUCGUCCGCGCCCCUGCUCGCUUCCCCAUCGCAAUGUGGUCCGUCUACCAACGAACAGUGGACGGUGAAGCUCGGACGAACAAUUUCGCCGAAGCAGCCCAUAGACGUUUGCAGGGCGAGUUUGGGGUGGAUCAUCCUAGUCUUUGGAAGUUCAUAGACGGUAUCCGGAAAGUCCAACAGAGUCGAGAUGUAACUUAUGCUAGAUACGUCGCAGGUCACAAUCCAGAACCGAAGCGAAGUAAGUACGUCUCCGCCGAUGAGCGAAUUCUCAAAAUUGUGAGAGAAUUCGGUCAGAGGACCACGGUGGACUACUUGCGUGGGCUGGCUAGGAAUUUCAGGAUGCAGGCAUCGAACAGCGGACCGCAGACUGCCCCUGAAUCGUCGGAGUCAGAGUAA